AUCUAUUAUAUCGUGCUCGAAAACAGAAUCGGUUGCCAACUCUAAAGCAAUAAAUACUAGAUUAACUAAGUAAUUGACUAAUUAAUCAUUUUUGUGUAAUAAUUAGAGAAGUAAAAGUAUUUGUAGAUCUAACAUUUUUUCAUUAUAUUUUGUCCCGUUUAUAAAAAUCAUCACAUUUGUGGAGCGCGUCUACUUCCUCCUUGACGUAAUCGUAGUGUUGUUGAAAAUGGCUGGUUCUUCUCACUCUCGGCGAGAAUGCCCGGAGCUCCGGUAAGGAUCAAGAAUCGACGGUGAAGAUGUUUAAGUCAGCGAGAUGGAGGAGCGAGAAGAACAAGAUCAAAGUCGUCUUCAAGCUACAGUUUCAUGCCACUCAGGUGAGUGAGUUGAAAGGAGAAGGAUUAACGAUCUCUCUUGUUCCCGGAGAUGUUGGGAAGCCGACGGGAAAGACAGAGAAGGCGGUGGUUCUCGACGGUCACUGCCGGUGGGAGUCUCCGGUGUACGAGACGGUGAAGUUUGUUGAGGAUGUCAAGACAGGGAAAGUUAAUCAAAGAAUCUAUCAUCUUAUUCUUUCAACCACGGGAUCUACAAAGUCUGGUUUGGUGGGAGAGACUUCCAUUGAUUUUUCUGAUUACAUUGAUGCAAUUAAGACUUGCAACGUUUCUCUAACUCUCCAGAAUUCAAUUUCAAAAGCAUUGUUGCACGUAUCAAUACAAAGGCAGCUAAAAAAUGUGGAUCUGCAAAGAGUGGGGAAAGAAAGUGAUGGUUUGGUGAAAAGCUCAAGGAGUCAAGAUUUGAACUCCCAGUCGAGCAUUGAAGCAGAUGAAAGCCAUAAAUGUGAUUCACAAGAGGAAGGACCAUUUGGUAAAGCUUCCCGGAUAGCUGAACUAAGGCGUCGAGCAUCCAUUGAAUCUGACAGUACACUGUCAAGCUUUGACAGUGUCUCUGAAGUGGAUACACUGGGAGAACUUGGAAGCAGAGGAGAUCUCAUUCAGCAAAACCAACCAACAACUAUGCAUCACCAUUCGGUUACAAAUGUAUAUCCUGAAGAGCCUCAUAUAUCAGAAUCCGAGUGGUCAGGAAGCUCUGAUCAAGGAAUCAGCACCGAUGACUCAAUGAAUAGUUCAAAUGAUACCAUUCCACCGAGAGACACAACAAGGACUUCCUCGGAUGAUGAGGUAGAUAAGCUUAAGGCCGAGCUCGUUGCUUUGGCAAGGCGAGCAGAUUUUUCGGAACUAGAGCUGCAGAGCCUGAGGAAACAAAUUGUCAAAGAGACCAAAAGAAGUCAGGAUCUCCUGAGAGAAGUGACUAGUCUGAAGCAGGAGAGAGAUUCACUUAAGGCAGAUUGUGAGAGUAUUAAAGCAUCUGACAAGCGACAAGUCAGGAACAAGUUGCAGUGUGAAGGAAAGGACCCGCAAGUUCUUCUAGAAGAACUUGAUUACGAAAAGGAUCUGAAUUCCAGUCUACGGAUACAGCUGCAGAAGACACAAGAAUCAAACACCGAGCUGAUCCUUGCUGUUCAAGAUCUAGAAGCAAUGUUGGGACAAAGACGUAAGAACAACACAGAAGAGCCAAGGGGAAGGUCAUGCAUAAGUGAGACAGAUGAAGAUGAUGAGGAUCAAAAGGCAUUGGAUGAGCUUGUGAAGGGACACAUGGAUGCGAAAGACGCACACGUCCUGGAGCGAAAGAUCACCGACCUUUAUAAUGAGAUAGAGAUCCAUAAACGAGACAAAGACGACCUUGAGAUACAGGUGGAGCAGCUUGCUCUCGAUUACGAGAUACUUAAGCAAGAAAACCACGAUAUGUCGUACAAGCUAGAGCAAAGUCAAGUGCAUGAACAGCUGAAGAUGCAAUAUGAAUGCUCACCUUCUAUUGUAAACGUGAGCGAGCUUGAGAAUCAAAUAGAGAGCCUAGAAGCUAAGCUGAAGAAUCAGUCAGAGGAUUUCUCAAAGUCUCUAUGCCGCAUUAAAGAACUUGAAACGCAGAUGGAGGAAGAACUAGAGAAACAGGCUCAGAUAUUUGAGGCAGAUAUCGAAGCUGUCACACGUGCUAAAGUGGAGCAAGAGCAAAGAGCUAUCGAAGCGGAAGAAGCCCUGAGGAAGUCGAGGUGGAAAAACGCUAGUGUAGCCGGGAAAAUACAGGAUGAGUUCAAGAGAAUCUCUGACCAGAUGUCUUAUACGUUGGCAGCAAAUGAGAAAAUGACUAAGAAAGCAAUUGCAGAAACUCGUGACCUUCGCAUGCAGAAGCGUCAGCUAGAAGACCUUCUCAUGAACGCUAACGAUGAACUCCGAGCAAGUAAGAUAGAGUAUGAAGCUAAGUUCAACGGGAUGGAGAGAAUGUUGGAAGGACUUGUGGAGAAAUCCAAAAUUUUAGAGAAUGAGAAGAGGAAGCAAGAAGAUGCCAGUGCAGAUUUAAUACAGGAGAUCACAAGGCUGAAGGAUGAGAUUGAGAUCUUGAGAGUUGAAUUGGAAGGAACGAAAGAUGAGCUAUCAAGUACGAUUGCAUCGAUGAAAAAAGAAUCAGAGUUUUUAGCAGUGGAGCUGCAGGAAAUGCAGCGUAUCAAAGAUGAAAAAGAAGCAGUCAUUAUCAUUUUAAAAUCAGACCUAGAUAGGGCAAGAGCGCUAUGUGAUGAUCUAAAGCACUCUUUAUCCAAGAGUGAAUCAGAGAUCGAGCAGCACAGAAGCGACAAGGAAAGAAUAAUACUGCUCGAGGAACACAUCAAGCUGAAGGAAGAUGCUUUAGAAGCCUCUUCAAAGAUGUUUAUCGAAAAGGAAAAGGAAUUGAAUAGCCGAAUCGAAGAAGUGGAGACUAAACUCAACAAACGAAGUCUGAACAGCAUAGAGACUGGUGAAUCUCUGCAUGGUCCAGAAGCAGCUGUUGCUUUGCAAAACAGGGAAGGACUGUCAUCGAGCAAAAGUGAUGUCCUUGAAGAUUUGGUAAAUGAAGUAGCUUCGCUAAAAGAGCAAAAUGGAGUGAUGGAGAUGGAGUUGAAGGAGAUGCAAGAGAGGUAUUCAGAUAUAAGUGUAAGAUUUGCAGAAGUUGAAGGUGAGAGACAACGACUUGUUAUGACUGUACGUAAUCUCAAGAAUGCCAAGAGGAGUUAAAAAUUAGUACUCUCAGGACCAGAUGGUAUUUACAUGGUUGUACAAAUUUAUCUUCAUUCAAUAUAUAAAUAUACUUUCCUGGUUUUGUUUCAUAUUAUAUGUAGUAUAAAUUUUGUUGUCUGAGAGAAUGCAAAGUGUGUGUUUAAAAAAAAAAGAGAGAAAGAAAAGUGUGAAUUUUUGACUUUUUAAUGGGUGUAUUUAUAAUGAUGAACGCGUUGUAUAAUAUUUCAAAUGUAUUCCAAUUCCAAUUCAAGGGACUAA